GGCCUAGUCUCUCUCUACCCCUCUAUCGUUUGUUUCAUUAGAUCCUCCUUAAUUCUGAACUACUCUCUCUCUCUCUCUCUCUCGCUUUAUUGUAUCCUCCUUAAUUUUGAACCAGUCUCUCGUUCUCUCAACUGCUGGAUCUGAAAACUAAGAAGUAAUUGUUUUGGAUAUAUUAUUUUGAAGGUGAAGUUUUCUUAUUUUGACGGUGGAGAAAACAAACAAGCCAUUGUCAAAUUGGUAACUUGUCAGAGAGGUUCUGAAAAGCUUCAUUACAAAAGAUUGAAAGAGAAAGCGCCAAUGGAAAUAGAAAACAAGGAAGAGAACAGAAGAAAAAGGAAUCGAUCAGGUGACGAUGAUGAUACUGAUUGUGAGGGGAGCAAAGCAAGGAGACAAGAUGUUGUGGAUAUCGCUUCUUCUUCUUCAUCCACUGCUGAUGCUGAUGAUACCAAAAAGUACGAUGUGUUUAUUAGUUUCAGAGGUGAGGACACCCGCCGUACUUUCACCAGCCACCUCCACGUUGCCUUACUUGAGAAAAAAAUCACAACUUAUAUUGAUGACAAGCUUAAGAGAGGAGAUGAAAUCGCACCUGCCCUUCUCCAAGCAAUCAAGGAAUCAGAGCUUUCAGUGAUCAUUUUCUCGAAAGACUACGCUUCUUCCACGUGGUGUUUGGAUGAGCUUGUGCAUAUCCUAGCAUGCAAGGAAAAACAUGGCCAGUUGGUUAUACCCAUUUUUUACGACACCCUUCCAUCGGAUGUACGAAAACAACGAGGGAGUUAUGAGGUUGCAUUUGCUCAACUUGAGCAACGUUUCCAGAACAGUAUCGACAAGGUGCACAAGUGGAGGGAUGCUUUGACGAAGGCAGCAGAUAUAUCUGGUUUUGAUUCAAAAAAUUAUGGGACGGAUGCUGAUUUAGUUAAGAAAGUUGUUGAAGAUAUUUGGACCAAAUUGUGUCGCGCAUCAUCCUGCGAUUUAAAGGGCUUUGUUGGAAUUGAAAGCCGCAUCGAGCAGGUCGAAUCGCUAUUAGGCAUUCAUUCAUCGGAUGCUUGCAUCACUGUCGGUAUUUGGGGCAUGGGUGGUAUCGGCAAGACCACCCUUGCUGAAACUAUAUUUCACAAACUCUCUUCUAAAUUCGAAGCUUCUUGUUUUGUUAAGAAUGUUAGGGAGAACUCAGAAAAAGCAGGUGGACUAGAUCACUUGGAAACAACACUUCUUAAGGAGAUAUUAAAGGAAGAAGAUCUAUCCAUGGGAUCAACUAGUGUUCGAAAAAGGCUCAGCCGCACAAAGGUCCUCAUUGUUCUUGAUGAUGUGAGUAGUUCAAUGCAAAUAGAACGUUUAGCUGGAGAUCGUCUUCGGUAUGGCACUGGAAGUAGAAUCAUUAUCACAACUAGAGAUAGGGGCACACUUGGGCAAACUGUUGAAGAGGAUGAUAUCUACGAGGUUGAGGUACUAAAACCGGAUGACGCUCUUCAGCUCUUCUGUUCGCGUGCUUUCAAGAAUAACAGUACGCGUAUAACAGAUUAUAAGGAGUUGGCAGAAAAGGCGGUGGCUUAUGCCAAAGGCGUUCCUUUAGCUCUUACAGUUCUGGGGUCCUUGUUCUUCAAUUGCAAGAGCAAAGAAGAAUGGGAAGAUGAAUUCAACAAAUUGAAACGAUUUCCCAAUGAAGAUAUUCAGAAAGUGUUGAGAAUAAGUUAUGAUAGAUUGAGAGAAAAUGAGAAGGAGAUAUUUCUGGAGAUAGCAUGUUUUCAUAAAGGGCAGUUUGUUUUUGAGGUAAAACGAAUGUUAGAUGUUCGUGGAUUCUUUGCGACAUCUGGAAUUAGAAUUCUCAUUGAGAUGUCUCUCAUAUCAAUUGAUUCAUACUGGAGAAUGGAAGCCAUAGAGAUGCACGAUUUGCUACAAGAAAUGGGAAGGAAAAUUGUUCAAGAACAAGAUAUUAAAGAUCCCGGUAAACGGAGUAGGUUGUUCAAUGAUGAGGAUGUCCAUCGUGUAUUGAGAAGUAACACGGAAACUCCAAAUGUUGAAGUCAUAAAGGUUUUUUGGCGUGACAUUGAAAUGCAAUCAUUGAAACAUGUAGACUUCAAAAAGAUGUCUAACCUAGAAAUGCUAAUUGUACAAUGCGGUUAUUCUCUAGGCCUUCCCGAUUCUCUAGACCUUCCCUAUUCUUUUCAUUAUUCUCUAGACCUUCCCGAUUCUCUUCGUUAUUCUCUAGAACUUCCCGAUUCUCUUCGUUAUUCUCUAGACCUUCCCGAUUCUCUUCGUUAUCUUGAGUGGUGGAGAUAUCCAUUGGAAUCUUUACCGUCAAAAUUUUCUCCGGAAAAUCUAGUUGAGCUUCGUAUGCCAAAUAACAGAGUUAAGGAGCUUUGGAAAGAAGCGCAGAUACUUGUCAACUUACAAGUUAUCGAUCUGUCAUGCUCUAAAGAUCUAACUAAAGUUCCAAAUCUCUCAUGGAGUCUAAAAAUUGUGAAGAUAAAUCUCUGGGGCUGUAAUAGUUUGGUUGAAAUUCCUUCGUAUUUUCAACAUCUUGACAAGCUUAUUCAUCUUAAUCUGGGGUACUGCACGAGUCUCAAGUAUCUUCCAAAGAUGCCAGGAAGUAUUCAAUACUUAGAUUUAGAAUACACUGGUAUAAAGGAGUUGCCUGAAUCAGUUUGGUCUAACGAAAAUAUUUCUUACUUGAAUUUAAAGCGUUGCAGAGACCUUAAGAAACUUCCAAGCAGCAGGUGUAAGUUGAAAAAUCUCGAGAAACUUGAUCUCGAUCGGUGCUAUAACGUUGAAAAUCUCCCAGAGAUUUGGGAGCCAAUGGAACAUUUGAAGUCCUUAAGUUUAAUGUAUACAGAAGUUACAGAGCUACCCUCAUCAAUCUGUAAGUUGAAAUAUCUUGAGAGUCUUGAUCUCGCCUUUUGCUCUAGAUUUUCCAAAUUCCCUGAAAUCUUGAAGCCAAUGGAACAUUUGAAGUCCUUAAGUUUAGUUCAAACAGCAGUUACAGAACUACCCUCUUCAAUCUGUGACUUGAAAUAUCUUGAGAGUCUUGAUCUCACCAAGUGCUCUAGAUUUUCCAAAUUCCCUGAAAUCUUGGAGCCAAUGGAACAUUUGAAGUCCUUAAGUUUAGUUCAAACAGCAGUUACAGAACUACCCUCAUCAAUCUGUAACUUGAAAUAUCUUGAGAGUCUUAAUCUCACCAAGUGCUCUAGAUUUUCCAAAUUCCCUGAAAUCUUGGAGCCAAUGGAACAUUUGAAGUCCUUAAGUUUAGUUCAAACAGCAGUUACAGAGCUACCCUCAUCAAUCUGUAACUUGAAAUAUCUUGAGAGUCUUAAUCUCACCAAGUGCUCUAGAUUUUCCAAAUUCCCUGAAAUCUUGGAGCCAAUGGAACAUUUGAAGUCCUUAAGUUUAGUUCAAACAGCAGUUACAGAGCUACCCUCAUCAAUCUGUAAGUUGAAAUAUCUUGAGAGUCUUGAUCUCACCGGGUGCUAUGGAUUUUCCAAAUUCCCUGAAAUCUUGAAGCCAAUGGAACAAUUGGUGUCUCUUUGUUUGGAAGGCACAGCUGUCGAAAUGCUUCCUUCGUCAAUUGGAAAUCUAAAUAGGCUUCAAGAUUUAGACCUUAGUUGGUGCAAGCAACUUAAGGAUGUCCCAACAAGUAUCUCCAGUUUAACCAAUCUUAAACGUCUCAAAUUUAAGGGCUGUCGGAGACUUGAAAAAUUGCCUUCCACUCUCUGUUUUCGCUCUUUAGAAAAACUAGAACUCAGCGAGAGCGGUAUAUUGGAAAUACCAGCAAGCAUCAAACAAGCUUCUCGGUUGCCUAUGCUCGACUUAUGCAGAUGCUAUCAGCUUCAAUCUAUACCAGAGCUCCCAGCGCUAUGUGAUGUUCACGCUCAAGGCUGCACGUCGCUGAAGAUAGUGUCAAGUUCAAGGACAGCACUCACACAAGGUUGGGAUAAACCUCAUUAUUGUUUCAAGGUUUUUACUAAUUGCCCAAAAUUGGAUGAUAAUUCAAGGAGCAACAUAAUGGAUGAAGCACAGAUUGCAAUUAUGCGAAUGGCAACUGUUGCGCCAUUAAAGGACUAUUGCUUGCCUCAUAAUCCCUGGCCUCAUAUUAACAUUAUUUGUCCAGGAAGAGAAAUUCCAAAUUGGUUCAGCUAUCAAAAUGAGGGAUCUUUAGUAGACAUCGAGCUUUGUCCAGAUUGGUUUCGAACAGGUUUAUUUGGUUUCGCUCUCUCUGUUGUUGCUUCUCGGGUUUCAAAUGUGCUGUAUGAACCCUGGAGGGUAAGAGCCCAUUUCAUGGUCAAAUUCUUGGGUGAAAGCCAUGAACUGUUCAGUUCUGAGUACAUUAUACCAGGCGACAGCUACGGCAACUACUGUGACUGCCAACAUCACGUGCAUGUGUGGAAUGAGGCCUUUAGAAGUGAAGAGGUAGGAAAAAACUGCUCCCCUGAUGUUUACAAACUUGCCAAAGAGGCCUCUGUUGAUUUCUGCCUGGUGGAUUGGGAAGAACGACCUGCUUCUGCGUCCUCUGUGAAGGUGGAAAGCUGUGGUAUAUGCCCAUUGUAUGCGGAAGAUGCUGAGAAAUUCAAAUUUGGUCAUGUGUUCAAGUCGAGGGGACCAAAAGUAGAAGAAGAAACAAGACAAGAUGAUGAUUCCAAAGGUGGUGGAUCAAGUGAUGAGUCUGAAGCAAAUGACAGUGAUUAGGAAAAACUUUUAAAGGCAAAUUUGUACUUUGAUAGCUCACUUGUCUGACCAAGAAAUAAGACAACAACUAGGCAAGGGCUUUAUUAUUUUGGUAUUGUUUAUGCUUUAUACAUAAUAAAGCGCUAGUUAUGGAAGAAACAAGACAAGAUGAUGAUUCCAAACGUGGUGGAUCAGGAGAUGAGCCUCAAGUUAGUGGAUCAAGUGAUGAGUCUUAAGCAAAUGAAAGUCAUUAGGAAGAACUUUUUAAGGCAAAUUUGUACUUUGACAGCUUACUUGUCUAUUUGUUAUCUUCAAAACUUGAUUUAUACAUUAUAAAGCGCUAGUUAUGGACAA